AAAGAGAGAGGGAGAGUCAUAUAGAGACGACAGACAUAUAUUCCCAGCUAGCUGCUAGCGGCUACUUUAUAAAGAAAACCAAACCAAAAUCACAUAUCAUUGUCCUUACAAGCUCAGCUUAGCGAGCCAAAAAUGGGACGCCAUUCGUGUUGUUUGAAGCAAAAGUUAAGGAAAGGUCUCUGGUCACCUGAAGAAGACGAGAAGCUCUUUAACUACAUCACUCGAUUUGGCGUCGGUUGCUGGAGCUCUGUUCCCAAGCUUGCAGGUUUGCAAAGGUGUGGUAAGAGUUGCAGGUUGAGAUGGAUAAACUACUUGAGGCCGGAUUUGAAGAGAGGAAUGUUCUCUCAGCAAGAAGAAGACCUCAUUAUUAGUCUCCAUGAAGUUCUUGGCAACAGGUGGGCUCAAAUUGCAGCACAAUUGCCAGGAAGAACAGAUAAUGAGAUAAAGAAUUUCUGGAAUUCGUGUUUGAAGAAGAAGCUAAUGAAGCAAGGGAUUGACCCGACCACUCACAAGCCACUAACAGAUGAAGAGCUACUCAAGGACGAUAAGACCAAUAUAGUUCACUGCUCAGAAAUAAAUAACGAGUCAUCAUCUUCCUUGCCACUAAUGGCAGCUCAUGAGCAUCAUCAAGAACUUCCUAUGGCUAAUUCAUCACAAGGUCCAACAUUUCUCGUCAACAAUUCUAGUUACUUUGAUGGUACUAGUUCCGGAAUAAGUCCGAUACAAGCUUCAAGAGCAGCUGCUGCGUUUGAUUCUGUAUCCUAUUUCGAGUUUCAAACGAGUACCGAUCCAUCCGGCUACAAUUCUGACUUUGUUACUAGUACUCAAUAUCAUCCCCCUACGACCAAUUCCGUCAGGCCCUCUUUCAAUUAUGAAGCAAUUAUCGGAUACAAUUCGAUGCCAAGUUUGGCGAAUUCCGACCAUGGAAGCAUGUCAGGCACCGACUUCUCCUUUAGUUCAAGCAAUAGCUCAACUGCAGGGUUCCAUAUAAACCACAACAACAAUGUAGUGGAAAAUAAUGCAGGUGCGUUUUCUUGGGAUGUAAACACAGAGAACAAAUUAGAGUCCUUGUUUCAUCAAUUUGAUGGCCCGAAAACGGAGGAACUGGUAAUUAUGAAGCCUACUUCAUCAUCAUGGGAAGAAAGGCAGCUUCAUCAUCAACAUCAAAAUUCAGUAGAUUUCAGUAGCUAUCCGUUAACGUCGCUAUCAGAAGAUCUAACAGGUGCAAACUUUGAUGUCUUCCAGCAUAUUUAAAUUUGUAAAAAGGAAUUCAAUUUUUAAUUUUUUUAAUUCUGGUUUCUCUUUGUUUUUCAUUUUUCAAACAAAUACCAUAGAGAAAAAGAGAUGUGGAUAGUAACAGGGGGAAUCCUAUACUGAUGAAAAAGGGUUUGAUUUUUUCUUUGUUCUUUAAAUUACUGUAUUUGGGAGCAUAUAUAUUGAUCCAUUCUGUGUU